CCGGGCUCGCUCCAGUCGAAAUUAUCGGCUAGGCGAAUGGAGGAACGCAAAGGAUCGAACAGUUCUUGCGUGGCUGACGACAGCGCCUCCUCGGUAGGGGCAGGGUCGACGUCCUCGCUGCAGUUUUUUCGUGGGGCGCGUCAAACACAAAGCACGGCUAGGUCCGCUGCGAUAAUGGGGGACUCAGCUACCUUGUCAGAACUGCUGCUGCAGGAGAGCAAAUAAUGCUUUUGGAUGCUCAGCUACAGUUGAUGUCUCACUUGGCUCAUGUGGACGACAGGUUGUUAAUGAUGAUACGCCUUUCUUGCUAGGCGGGGGGUCAAAGGAGUACAAAAAGCAGCUUAUUGCAAACAGAAAACGAAAUGUAGUCGAACGUAUUUGUAUUGCGCAGUAUCAUAUCAUGCUAUUUUAGUAGAUCCUCCAUUCAAAAAGUUACACAUUCUGCGCUGUUGAUGUGAAUUUUGUGAAUUGCUAGCGGGCAUGUGCCGGGAGUACAUCCAUAUAAUUCCCGCAGACCUAAAAUGUAUCUAGUCUUAUUACUUGAGUUCCUGUAAUUACAGAGAGGCACUCUGCCGUUUUGCUUUGGAACACAUUCAUUCGUCGGUCACGGGUGUACCACCGCUUUAUUGUUGCAUAUUUAUAUGUUUUGGUUAUUUUCAUGUCCAUGCAUAGUAGAAGGUGAAGACGGAGUGUUGGUUUCCCUGAUACAUCGGAUAGUCAUUAUUUGAGUCAUGAUUUAGUCAUUUUGCAAAUAUUUAAGUUGAAGAUGAAAGUCGCAUCGGACCUUGUUGAGAAUCAAUGUAAUUAUUUUCGAUGCGCAUGCAACUGCAUUUGCUUUUUGUAAUUCUCCUUUCUGAUUAAGCAUUUUCGUAUCCAAUAUUCAUUUUCGGUUAUGUACUGGAUAUGUGAAAGUAUGCCUGUUGUUGAAUCUUUGCCUAUCGUUGCACAGAAGAGAUUCUCAAGAAUCGAAAUGUUUCGUAGUUUGAUGAUGACAGUCUCGAGCAUGAUGAUAAACCAAAACCUGUAUUCCUAUUCGUUCUCGCUACAUCGGAACCGAUUCAUAGCAUGGAUUUGGACCAUCCACUACUUCGGAUCUGGUAU